AUGACUCACCAUCCGAACCCCUUUCUGGCCAAGGCACACUGUUUCGAUGUGACACUGCCGGUAGCUCUGGUUACCCUCUGCUGCAUCGCAAUUUGCCACUUCCUAACUGUUUUCCCAUGUCUGCCACACACGAGCUGCCCUCAGACCGGGCUUGGUGCCAGUGUUGCUCAUAUAUCCAUCGUGCAGACAACCUGUCCUCCCCCCAUCUUUACGUUAUCUUUUGACGAAGUGUUGGUGAAGUUCUGUCCGACUUUUGCCUCCCUCGGGUUGGCUCCUUUAUAUGGUUUCCCGGACACAUUUCGUUGCCAGUCCUCUUGGAGGGGCAUAACGACUAGCUCCGAAUCUGCACCAGACGCUAGUCCUGUGCAAUUCGGCACGCCUGGGCUGAAUCCCCCCGACUCGGAUAUUGGACCCACCGCCUUGACUGUCUCGGCGCUAGGCAAUCACUACAUCCAGUGGCUGGUCACGUUGCCAUCAAAGUUCCGCUUUCCACGCGGUUGGCGCCAGGUGGCAUCGGAGGUUGCACGUUUGCCGGUGAGCCUGCAUGCCCACGUCAUAAAAGAGCGGAGGGAAUCCGGAACUCCGUCCUCCUCGACUUCAACCUCCAGGUCCGACUACACACACAUACACACGCACAUACACAUCUGCCAUGAGUCCCGGUCCUGGGGGCCCACAUGCACAAUCCUGGCUAUCUGGGCAUUUUACCCAGCCUCAAGACCCUGUCUAAACGACAUCGCUCAGCUCGAGCAGAACGACCAGGAAAGAUAA